UAUCGUAUAAACAUUCCAGCACUACCCAAAUCGCAUUUAAAUUUUAAAACGCUGGCAAAAAUCUCACUAGCUUAAGAUUCUUUUUAGUUUUUAUCGAUUAAGUGCAACGGAAAGUGCUCUCUCCCCGCCCGCAGUUUAGUUUUUAUUUAAUUAACGUUCUAAAUUGCUAUUUACCUGUCGCCCACGCACUGCUGUUGCUGUUGUUGUUGCCACUUUAGCUGCUGUGUGUUGUUGUUGUCGCUGCUGUUUUUACUGCUCGGAUGUUGUAGUUGUUGUUGUUGUUGGUGCAAGGACAAGUGACGUCCUUCAAAAAAGGCGCAACAAUUUAACCCGCGCAACAAGGUGUUUUCGGGGGGUGGCGGGAAAAUCAAUAAAUAGCAAAGAGGCAACCAGCUGUAAAAAAUAGCCAGCUAAACAAAGGGAUUUCGGUCAAAGAAAAUCGGUAGCCCUAUUAUGGACAACACGGGCGAUGAUAGCGACAAUGAUGUGGUCACCGAUUUCCUGAACUCCAACUGCUGCGAAUCCUCGGAAGCGUUGGUCAAUGGUGGCUCUGCCACCCGGAGUGCCUCCAUCGAAAGUCAGAACUACUGCAUACCCGUGAUAAACGCACCUGCUCCCGCUCCUGCGCCCGCUGCAGCUCCUCCUGCUCCUGUUCCCGCUCCCACAUCCACUCCUGCCAGCGUUAUAAACAACAACAUGAUACCCACCAUCAAUGUAACGCCACACAGUCCGGCCGUGGCCUCCAAGUACCUCAACAUCUUUGAGGACACACUCAGCCAGCUGCAAAAUAUCCGGGAAACGGUCGUCCAAAUGAAGAACUCCUCCUCCGCCAGCCAGCACGUGCAGGAUGGCAACUUGGUUAAUCAUGGCCUGCUCAGCGCAGCUAUAUUGAGCACCUCGCUGCCCGAUCUCACGGGCGCGGGAACGGGACCCGUUUCCGGUGGCGCCAACUACGCCAUGUGGACGUCGACGGCGCCGCAGCAGUGCCUGCUCCUGCACACGGAUCGCAGGAAGUCCUGGACAGCGGUGGACGACACCAGUGCCGGGGGCGACUGCACCAACAAGAGCGUGAGUCUGUCCAGCCUGGACAGCGAGGAGCAGGAGACCAUCCGUGUCACCGAACAGCGACGAAGGUCGGCCAGAAACAGCACUGGAGGUAUUUCCACCCACUCCCUAAACGAGGCGGAGCUGGCCCGUGACUUUGAGAGGAUUGCAGCGAAACGCAGCCUGGCCACGGAAAUUAUCAGCCGGAUACCGCUGCAGAAGAGCAUAUCGACAAGCUCGAUCAUCGCCAAGGAGGACAUCAAGGCGAUCGCCCGCCACCUCACGGACAGCGAGGAUGAGAACCAAAGUCUGCUGCGGGCCCACGCAAAGAUCGAGGUCUACGACAACGUAGAGAAGCGUCCCAAGCGCGGUUCCCUCUUCUUCCGCAAGAAGAAGCCCAAGGCGAAGACGAAGUCUUUGGUGGGCGGACAACUCAGUGCUUGUGACGUGUGCGGAGCGGCCAUAACACUGGCGCAGAUCAAGGAGCACCACCUGGAGUGCAAGGUGAAGAAGAUGGCGGCGGGCCAGGACUUUUACGACGGGCCGGAUGCCAGUGCGUACAGCAACCCAGAGGAUCAGCCGCUGAUACGUUCCGAACUGCAGUUCCUCAACGAGCCGCUCAUUGAGGCGCAGGAUUUGGGCGCCGAUCCCACACUGGGCAUCGUGCUCAAGGAGCACGACUCCUGGACUCCCAAUGUGCCCAGGGAGUUGCUCAAGACGCUCAAGGAGCUGCAAAUCAAGCGGCAGGAGCACAUCUAUGAGUUCAUCAUGACCGAAAAGCACCACUGCCAGACCCUGAUCGUCAUGCAGAAGGUGUUCGUGGAGAGUCUGGAGCGGCACUUUCCAUCGCUCAACCUGAACAGCAUGUUUCCGCGCCUGCAGCAGCUCACCGACAUGCACACCUGCUUCCUGCGGCAACUGCGGCUCAAGCAGCGCGAACAGCCCAUGGUGGACAGCAUUGCCGACAUCCUGCUCAACUUCUUCUCGCUGGAGCAGGCCCAGUGCCUGCGCUUGGCCUACGGCGAGUUCUGCGCCAACCACCGCAGCGCCCUGGAUCAGUUCAAGCUCUGCCUGACCGAGCCGAGCUUCGCCGAGUGGUACAAGCACUGUCUGCAGAAUCCGUUGCUCAAGAAGAAGGGCAUACCCGAGUGCAUCUUGUUUGUGACGCAGCGCCUCACCAAAUAUCCCCUGCUGAUCGAGCCGCUGCUGAAGAGCGCCAGGGACAACAAGCUGGAGACGGACAAGCUGCAGCAUGCCCUCAAUUUGGUGAAGUCGCUGCUGGUCGAUGUGGACGCGUGUGUGGCGGAGAAGGAGUUGCGCGAACGCCAGCUGGAGAUCUAUGGUCGCGUGGAUGCCAAAUCGUUUGCCAUCUUCAAGAACAAACCGUUUCGCAAGUUCGAACUUGGCGUGGAGUCGCGACGGCGUCUGAAGUUUGAUGGAUUGGCCACGCUAAUGCAGGGCAGGGCCAAGACACAGCUCGUCCUGGUCGUUGUGCUCACCGACUGCCUGUGCUUUCUCAGCGAGAACUCUGGCCACAACAAGUACUCAUUCUUUACGCCGGAGCACAAGGCGGGAGUCGUGCCGCUCCAGAAGCUGCUCAUCCGCGAAAAGGCGGGCACCGAGUCGCGUGGCAUAUACAUCAUCAGCUCCAAUCCGGACUUCCCCGAGAUGUACGAGCUGAAGGUGCAGACGCCCAAGGACAAGAACACCUGGAUCCAGACCAUCCGACAGGCCGUGCUCGACUGCCCGGCCACGGACAUCAUCGAGGCGGAGGACCUGACGGCCGAGGAGAAGCUGCGCAUUGGCGUCAACAAGCGGGAGACCAUCGAGAAGAUGCGGCAGAAGGACAUCGAACAGGCCCUGCUGCUGGAGGAGAAGCUGAUGCUGCAGCUCAAUCUGCUCAAGGAGCAGCAGCCCUUUGGAGAUGUGCCCGGCGCCAGUUCGAAUGGCAGUGCGGCCAACUUUCUGGCCGCCUUCGGCUCCUACAAGGAUCUCGUUAGCGCCGACUGCGACACGGCUGAGCUGUGGCGCCGGGUGCUCAACACGGUGCAGGACAUCAGCCAGCUGGCGUCCACCAUCUACUCGGCGGCCACGGGUCUGCCGGUGUCCAGAACCCUCAGCAGCGUGGGCGAGAAGCAGAGCGAGCAGUACGCCUCGCCCACGCUGCCCAAGCGGGCGGAGACCUUUGCCGGCUUCGACGAGAAACGCGGCAAGCUGGCCUCCAAGUUGGUACUCACGCCACGACUCCAGGAGCUGGAGGAGAAGCGGGAGCCCAAGAGCGGAGCCAGUUCGGUGGCCGAGCAGCCGCUGGAGAAUAACUAUGCCGUGCUGCAGGUGUCGCACCAUCUGCAGACGCUGCUCUGCAUCAUCUCGCAGCAGAUGACCACCAUCCACAGCCUGCAACUGCAGCUGGCCCUCUACCGGGAGAGUCCCCGCUCCAGUGCGUACACGCACAAGGAUCAGCUGGAGGAGUUGCGCAACCUGCAGGACAAGCAGCAGGAGGAGAAGACGGCCUGGCAGCGCCAGCAGAAGCAGCAGCAGGAGGAGCUGGCCGAGCUGCGGGCCCAGCAGCUGCAGCUGCAACAGCAGAUCAAGGCCGAGCAGGAGGAUGUGCGUCAGCAGCGCGAACAGCUGUACCGCAAGAUGGAACUGCUUUCCAGCCAGGGCCUGUUGCUCUCGCCCAGCACUCCGCUGCCCCCAGUCGUUACCAGCAAUCAUCCGCCGCCGCAUGCUCUCAUGCUGGACGACAACCAUGAGACGGACAAUGGACUGAGUGGAGUGGCGGGCAGCAGCAGCAGCACGCCCAGCGUGGCCGGCACCGUGGACCGACGCAAGGAGAAGUGGCUGAGCGGCCCCUCCAGCUGCAAGACACCGCCGGUGCACCUGCUCAGUGCCAACAAUGCACCCAAAGCCAACGCCACCUUGGUCAAGCAGAAGCUGCCCAUGAAGCUCUCCUCGCUCUCGUCCGUUGGCAGUUCCAGCUCCCGCGUGGACAAGUCCGCCAGCUUUAAUAGCGCCUCCCCGACGCCCUACACCUCGGCGGCCAGUGUGCAGCAGAUGUUCCCCUUCAAGUUGGCUGACCGGCGCAUGGCCACGCCCUCCAACUGUACAACGACGCCCACGGGCAUUGUGCCGCAGCACUCGCGAACAGGCAGCUCGCCGGCGAUCAUUCAGCAAACAACGACAACGGCCACGGCCACUCAUACUCCCACUCCGGCCUUAGUGUCACGGACAGAAUCCGCCGCCGCCGUUCACUAUUCACGGACGCCGACGAGCAGCAGGACGGGAUUGGCAAGGACGGCAAUGCCAGUUGCCACUGGCACAGCGCCUCGAGCCAAGCCCGAGGAGGAGGAGAUCUACUUCUGACGCCAGUUCACGCCGGAAGUUGAAAUCUAAAUGUUGAACCAUUUGAAACCAAGCUGGUCCGGUUUCCCAUUCCAUUCCGAUCCUCUCUUUGCUAAAACAAAGCCGCAGACCUGAAACUUUUGGAAACAUCAAAAACAGGAAUUACCUGUUGAACUAUACCUAAAGCAUUCCAGACUCUUUACAAUGCAUAUUUUCAUACUGCCCCAUUUAGGCUCAACAUCGCAUAUAUUUAUCUUUAUAUUUUUAUCCCUAACUUAAGCAAACGUACUGUACUUAAUGGUAUUUUUCACAGACUCGCUACCAAUCCAAUGCAUCUCAAACUGUUCAGUAAUUUAUUUUAAACAAUUAUUUAUUUACAAUUAUUUAUAUAUAUUUUAAAGGAAUUUAACUUCAGACAAAUGAGAAAAACAAAAUACAAUAAGAAUUGAAUGUUUUCUAACGAAUUUUACUUCUUCCAAUAAAAGAAACCUAUUAAAUAUUUAUGAUAUAGCCAAAACGAUAUGUGUGAAGCGUUUAUCCAAAUUAGAUUAAGGCACUUGUAUACCCAAUAUAUAUGUUUAUAUAUAUAUAUGUAAUCGCGAAUAAUGACAUUUCAUUUUGAACCUGUUUCUUUGAUUUUCAAGCUGCGACUUAAUAACAUUAUACAAGCUUUUUGCUGUGUAGUUUAUACACGUUGUACAUACGUUUAAAUAACUGUUUGUAUUUAACAUUUUCGUUCCUCACUGUAAGUGUUUUUAAAUUGGGAGGACACUUGAAACUGAUCCUAAUCCUUCUCAUCUAUGCAAUAAUUUAAGCUCGCUCCAAUAAAUGUUUAAAAUUAUAAAAA